AUGGCGUCGAUGCCCUUUCGACCUGGCCCGGCCAGCGGCCUGCGCACGCCCGUCCGCCAAAACUCGGUGGACUCCCGAAAUGAAGUCCACGUCCAGAUGAACCAUUACAUUGGCAUUGAUGUGGGCACAGGCAGCGCGCGAGCGUGUAUCAUCAAUGAAGCGGGUGACAUUGUCGGCCUUGCGUCGGAAAUCAUUGGCCUGUGGCAACCCCAGACAGGGUACUAUGAACAAUCUACAAACGACAUCUGGCGUUGCAUCUGUAUAUCGGUCCAGCGCGCCAUCACCCAGAACAACAUCGACACUCACUCGAUCCGCGGCAUCGGCUUCGAUGCGACCUGCUCUCUGGCCGUCUUCACACAUGACACCGACGAGCCCGUGUCCGUGACAGGCCCGACCUUUGAUCAAUCAGGGAAUGAUCAUAAUGUUGUUCUGUGGCUGGACCACCGGCCUGUGGAGGAGACGAAAAAGAUCAAUGCCACCAAGCACAACCUGCUCCGGUAUGUGGGCGGGACCAUGAGCAUUGAGAUGGAAAUCCCCAAGGUGCUGUGGCUCAAGAACAACAUGCCCAAAGAGCUCUUCGACCGCUGCAAGUUCUAUGAUCUCACAGACGCCCUCGAACACUUGGCCACCGGCAAUGAAAAGAGGAGUUUCUGCUCGGUCGUUUGUAAACAGGGCUACGUGCCCGUGGGCGUAGAUGGCAGCGUCAAAGGUUGGCAGGAAGACUUCCUCAAGGAGAUCGGACUCGAGGAUCUCGCCGAGGACAAUUUCAAGCGCAUGGGUGGCGUCAACGGGGUGAAUGGCGAGUACCUGUCCGCCGGUGAAUUGGCAGGCCACCUCUGCGAACGAGCAGCGGCGGAGCUUGGCCUCCCCGCGGGUAUUGCUGUGGGCAGCGGCGUGAUUGAUGCAUAUGCAGGUUGGAUUGGUACCGUCGGGGCCAAAGUGAAUCUGUCGUCGGACCAGCUCGACACUUCCAUGGCCGCCAACGACCAGUCCCAGGCGUUUACUCGUUUGGCCGCAGUGGCAGGCACGUCGACGUGCCAUCUGGUCAUGUCCAAGGACCCUGUCUUCGUUCCCGGAGUCUGGGGUCCUUACAGGGACAGCAUUAUCCCUGGCUACUGGAUGGCAGAAGGGGGCCAGUCGGCGACCGGUGAGCUCCUGAAGCACGUCCUCGAAACGCACCCAGCGUACCAGCAGGCCUUGGCCAUUUCGGAGUCGAGUUCAAGCAACAUCUACGACUUCCUGAACCAGCAUUUGGAGGAUAUGAAGGAGAAGGCCAACGCGCCCAGCAUCAGCCAUCUGGGCCGCCACUUCUUCUUCUAUGGCGAUCUAUUCGGCAACCGGUCGCCCGUCGCCGACCCAACCAUGUCUGGCUCCGUCGUGGGGCUGUCGUCGGACAAGUCGCUCGAUGGCAUGGCGUUAUACUACUACGGCACCAUGGAGUUCAUCGCCCUGCAGACGCUGCAGAUCAUUUCGACCAUGAACGAAGCCGGCCACAAGAUCUCAUCCAUCUUCAUGUCCGGUUCGCAGUGCCAGAAUGACAUUCUGAUGUCCCUGAUCGCCACGGCCUGCGACAUGCCGGUGCUGAUCCCCCGCUACGUCCAUGCUGCCGUCUGUCACGGCGCCGCCAUGCUGGGUGCCAAAGCCGCCAGCGCCGACCCAUCCGGUAAGACGGAGGAUCUCUGGAGCAUCAUGGAUCGCAUGAGCAAGCCUGGCAAAAUCGUCCGGCCGACAAAGACCAAGUCGGUCAAGGCCCUCCUGGAAGUCAAGUAUACCGUCUUCCUCGAGCAGUGUGAACGACAGAGGGUAUUCAGGAAGAUGGUCGAUGAGGUUACUGGCGACUCGUGA